GUGAAAGGGAAGCAUCAGGUAGAAGAAAAAGAAGAAAAGGUUAAGGAAGAAAAUAAACAAGUUAAAAAGUUGAUGAGUGAGGCAAUGAAGUCCGUUGAUCCUCAGGAUCAGAAGACGUCUAAUGAAGUGGGGAAGUCGUCUAAUGGAGGAGGAUCAAGUCCACCGUCGUCUUCACCGAACACUCCUCCUUCUUCUCCUCCCUCCUCUCCACCUCCAAAGUCUCCAGCUUCACCGCAAGGAAAGGUAAGUACGGAACCAGAGAAACCGAAGAAGAAGGAAAAGGUGAAGACGAAAAUGUCUUUCACAUUUUGCAACAAGAAAGAUGAAAACUUGUUGUUAUGGAUUGUCGAGAUUCAGACGUAUUGUAAAAUGGCCCCAGUCGAACUUUAUUCUGAGGUUGCUUUCUCUACUUCAUGUCUUGGGGGCGAUGCAAAAGAAUGGGUACUGGUCGAAGCUAAUGCGGCGGGGUUCGAGGACAUUGGCGAGUGGGAUGGCACAAUGAACCUGAAGCAGUUCCUUGGCAAGAUCAAGGAACGCUUCUUAGACAAGAUGACGACCGAUAAGGCUUUCAACCAGCUCACCACCAUUGGCCAAAGACAUUGGACCUCAGUGGAACAACUGUCGCGAAAAGUAGAUCGGUUGCUCCAGGAAAUCACCUUCCGCUGGGCCAGCGUUGACGCAGGGUCAGAAAGAGGAGAAGACGAAGUGGAAUUGCUCGUCGUGCAGGCGUGGAGGACGGAUGUAGAAGGCGAUCUGUUGGGGCUAGUUUUCGGGACAGUAGAGAAAGAUCAUCUCCCCCCAACCUAUGGAGAACUGCUGGUAUUGCUGACUCAGCUCGUCAACGAUCUGCCACUGGACAUCAUCUCGUGCCACGACGACAGCCCCGCGCCGCACAUCUUAAUAAGGAGUUUGGCGUCGUACCUAAAGUGGUCGGCGUUCUUGGAAUCAGAUCCGGAUAAUUGCUAUUACCCCUCGACUGGAAACUACCUGGAAAUCCAAGAGGUGGUUAUCGACUUGUUCUACGAGUGCAGAUAUUUGAUUGCUCCUACGUCCGUGGAGGAAGAGAGUUCGGAAGAAGAAGAGGAGGGAGGCAACACUGAGGAGGAGUCCAGUAAGGAGCAGGAUGGUGAACAUACCGAGGAGGAGCCAGAGCGAUCUAGCGAAGAGGAGGAGGAACGGGGAGAAGAAGGCCAAGGUCGGCAGGAGGAAGAUCCCGCCGUCGUAGAACGGAAGCGAAGGGAGAUCGCCGAGGGAAAACGGGUGAUCGGCCAGGGUGUGGGACCAGCGUCGGAUACCACGAGACGAUCCCACACGGGAUCCGGAACCGCCAAGUGAAGAAGAUGAGCGGCCUGGCAGCACAGCAGCAGUCGGACCCAGUACGCGACGACACCGACGAA